UACCAUGGUGAACGUAUUAGCCGUAUUUGUCUGCGGACUGGUACUUGUCAGUGCCGCACAACUGAAAGACGGAGAUGUCCUGCAAGACUAUCAGCGGCUGACGGGGCUCCGCUCACUGGGAGUCGAGUUUGCCGAACACUUUCGAAAUGCAUCGCUCACGGACUUGGAUCUAUUCCAGUCCCGAAUACCCAGUCAGGACGAUCUGUUGUGUAUCGCGGACAUGACGGAGUUCAUGCUGGCGCUCACUUCUGGAAAAUUAUGGGCCCUGAGGAUGAUCGAUGCUUGGGGCUCCAUUCCGUCGGGACUGCUGUAUGGCAACAUCGUCCAUCUUGGAAAUUUCGAUGAGUGCAUCAAGAUCAGCAACGAGAUCACCAGUAGUCACAGCAUAAAUGGAAAGUACUGUUUCCUCAAGCUAUCCAUUGGUUCUCUGCCUCAAAAUGUUGCGUUACUAACCAACUCAUUGAAGAUCGCAUCAUGCUUUCCGGCUUCGUGCUCUGCGGCAAUCAUGGAUUUGUUUCUAGAACAAUUAGUGCAGAAACUGUUUAACUCGGGCAGCUUAAGUAUGAACAUUAACGAAGCUUCUUGCCAGACAAGUGAAUCGAAACCUUUGGAUGGAAUGACCAUUUUCACAGUUGUACUUCUUGGCUUGAUGGGUACUAUCGUGGCUCUAUGCACGCUCUACGACUACUUUCUGUGCCAUGAUCAGAGUAGUGUCCCUGCGAUUGUGAAGAUUUUCUCGGCACGGUCAAGUUCCCGUGCCAUCUUCCGCAUUGUCGACAGCAAAUCGAAUCCGAACGUGAUCAGUUGUCUUGAUGGAAUCCGCUGCAUGUCCCUGUUCUGGGUUGUUUUUGGCCAUGAAUACAUUUUUUCGCUACUUUCUCCGAAUAUAAAUACUCUCAAUAUGCUUUCGUGGGUCGAGCAACCAUUUUCCAGCCUUAUUAUGCACGGUGUUUUCUCUGUGGACUCCUUUUUCUUCGUUGGCGGCCUGCUAGUGGCGGUGAUCGCGCUACGCUCCAUGGAGAAAUCCAAUGGUAGUCUGAAUGCUCCGUUGAUGUAUCUCCAUCGGCUCAUACGCAUCGUUCCCGUGCUGGCAGUGGCUAUUCUAGUCUAUAUGAAGUUCAUGCCCGUGGUAUCAGGCGGGCCGCUCUUCGCCGGUGGAUACACUGGUAGUGCCGCAUGUGAGAGCGGGUGGUUUUGGACACUGCUCUUCGUGCAGAACUAUGCCACAUCGAAUAUUUGCCUGGCCCAUUCCUGGUACUUGGCAGUGGAUAUGCAACUAUACCUAAUCUCUCCGCUUCUGCUGAUUGCUCUGUACAAGUGGGGCAAGAAGGCAGCCGCUGGCAUUGUGGUGCUUGUGCUCCUGGUUUCGUCUUGCCUCUUUGCCACGAUGAUGAUCAAGAAAUACUCGCUGGUUCUGACGAAUCUUUCCGCUGAUACUAGUGCUAAUAAAAAGCUAUACUUCGCCACGCACCGGCACGCCGCUCCUUGGCUGAUUGGAUUUCUCUUCGGAUAUUUUCUCCACCUAAAUCGGGGGAAGAAGUUCCAGCUAGGCCGGAUUGCCGUAUGGUCAGGAUGGGUUCUUAGUCUGGCCAUGCUCUUCACCUCGAUGUUUGCCCUGUACCCUGCGACCCAAUGGAGUGCUCCACCCCUUUCUACCCUCAAGGAGGCUCUGUACUACACGCUUACUCGGGUGGGCUGGCCCCUAGCCCUGUGUUGGAUCGUCUUUGCCUGCAUGCAGGGCCAUGGCGGUCUGGCCAACAGUUUCCUAUCCUCGCCACUGUGGCAGCCUCUCUCGAGACUCUCCUAUUCCGUGUACAUCUGGCACAUGUUCAUGCUGGAAGUAAACAGCAAAAACACAAGGACCAGCACGUACUUCUCCGACUACACUGUGAUGCUUAAGUUUUGGUCCGAUUUCGGAUUCACGGUUUUGAUGGCGUAUGUAUUUUAUCUUAUCAUUGAGGCACCUUUUGGUGGACUCGACAGUCUUCUACGACCCAAAGUGAAGUCAAAAGCGGAACCUCCUGCUUCCCAGCUUCCCAGCUUAGAGACGAGAAAAACAGAGGACCCUAAAAAGACGAAUACACAAAGUGAAAGCUCUGCCGAUGAUUAGAUUAUAUUAUUCUUAGA